GCCAAUGUGACAGCUGUGCGUGUACGGUCCGUGGUGUGACUGCGGUCUGUAUUUAAUGGACAUUUAUUUGCAGAUUAGCAGAAUGCGUAGAGAGGCUUUAUACGGUCUUAACCAGUGCUGAAAGAGUUUAUACUUUGUAAAAAAUAACACUUAAUUCAUUCAUAUUUUUGAACUCGCUGGAUAGCAAUUGAUAUUGAAUAUGGAGCUGUUUGCAACAGUUGAUCAGGGGGGUUGCAUUUUGGACAUGUCCCAUCUGAAUCUGGAGAGCUUAAAUUUGGACACUGUCGGUGACGAACGGAGGAGAGUGACCCGACAACUCUACCUGUAUAACAACCGACUGAUUGUGUUUCCCGCUUCGGUAUGUCUAUUCUCCAAUUUGGAAGUUCUGGAUAUAAGCAACAAUGGAUUAACGGUUCUCUGUGAGGACAUUCAACGUUUGUCAAACCUCAAAACACUCAUAGCCAAGAACAACCGUUUGAACGAAUUCUCGUUCCCAAAUGAAUUUGGGUCCAUGCAGAUAGACACAUUGAACUUCAGUGGGAAUAUAUUUGAAGAGGUGCCCAUUCAGUUUCUAAAACUCCAGCGAUUAAAAUAUCUGUCUCUUGGGGGUAAUAGACUCAAAGCUAUCCCCUCAGAGAUAGAAAAUGUUACCAGUCUGGAGAUGCUUUAUUUGGGUGGGAACCUCAUCACCUCCAUCCCCCCAGAGCUGGCCAGCCUUCACGGUCUCAGAUACUUGGUCCUUUGUGACAACCGGAUACAAAGUGUACCCCCCCAACUCACCAGACUCUACUCCCUGCGCUGCCUCAGUCUCCAUAACAACCUACUCACCUACCUACCGCGGGAGAUCCUCAGCCUGGUGCACCUGCAGGAGCUCAGUCUCCGCGGCAACCCCCUGGUGGUCCGCUUCAUCAAGGACAUGACUUACGACCCUCCCUCCCUGUUGGAGCUGGCCGGACGGACCAUCAAGUCCUGCAACCUGCCCUACCACACCAAUUACCUGCCUGGAAACCUGGUGCAUUACCUGGACCUGGCCAGCAAGUGUCCCAACCCUAAAUGUACCGGUGUGUACUUUGACUCAUGUGUGAGGCACAUCAAGUUUGUGGACUUCUGCGGGAAGUAUCGGCUACCCUUCAUGCACUACCUGUGCUCCCCAGAAUGCACCUCUCCCUGCAGCUCCAACCCGCAGAGCGACGCUGAGUCGGAGGACGAGAAGUGCGUGUCGGCCAACAGGCUGCAGAGAGUGCUUCUGGGAUAGAAGAAAGUGGAACGUGAAAGGACCUCGAGUUCACUGACUCACAUACUGGAUGAUGGACAGUUUCCAUGACUCCCAACUCACUUGACUAACCCAACUUCUCCUGUGCCAUACACGAUAAACACCGACACUGAGCUGUUCACUUCCAAUAGAGUGCCACAUUCAACAUGAGAUGUAGGAUUCCUCAAGGAGUGAUUGUAAAGUAAAUUAACCACAGUUUAUCAUUUAUUUUUUUCGAGCCGUAGUGUUUUAAACAUCUAACUGAAGCUUAUGGAGGACUGAUUUUGUUGUGGAGCACUCAUCAAAUGUAUUUUAAUGUAGAGCCUCAGUUUGUAGUUUCUGUGUUAACACAAAUCUUAUCAUUGACAUAUCAUUGACAUGAGUACUGUUCUGUUAACUGGAUACAUAAGAUAAUGCUGUUUUUUAAAAUUCA